AUGUGCAUGCAGAUGUGUGUGUACGAUAAAGUUUCAAAUUAUGUUUCUUUUAAAUGGUUUCUUGCGGAAAGCAUGUCGUUGAAGGAAAGCAACAACAACGGUUAUGAUGACGAUUAUGAAGAUGGCGAUGAUGAUAUCAUUUUCAUCAAAGACCAAACGAUCAUUCUGAAAUGCCUGAUUAAAAGUAACGAUAGAGUCGGAAGUAUCAUUGAUACUAUAUCUGUCGAUAGAUAUUCAUGGACGAAAAAUGAUUCUGAAAUACUAUCUGUCGCAAUAGCAUCAUCGAACUCGCGAAACCAAAAACAACAACUAAAACACAACAACAACAACAACAACAUCAUCAACAACAACAAUAACAUUCACAUCAACGACAUCAAUGGAUUCCUUACAAUAAGAAACGCCACAACUCGCCACAUUGGCCGCUACCAAUGUUUAGUUGCUACAAGAUUUGGAACCUAUGCCUCCAGAUACAUUGCAGUCUCUAUGGCUUACGUGAACGAGUUCCGCAAAUCAGGCACUCCCCAAAUACACAAGGUCAAGGUGAACCAGCCCCUAAUUAUCAAAUGCGAUCUUCCAGACAGUCAUCCAAGGUUAAAUAUCUUCUGGGCCCUGAAGAACGAUUUAUUUCUACCAGAAUCCAUCAUUGAUGAUCAUAGAAUCGAUAUAGAUUUCCAAGGAAACCUAUACGUCAGUGAUGUCAGACGAUCCGACAUUCUCAAUAGCAAGCAAUUGCUAUGUAUCGUCUUUAACGAGAUGUUAAACAUCUACCUCUUCGGUUGCUCCAGUCUGUUAGAGCCAGACGGGGCUAGCGAUAACAAUGAUCAUGAUGUACCUCCCAAAUUGUUAUGGUCGACACCAGAAGAUGACGUUGCAGUCUCUGGCAGAAGUAAAACUCUUAAAUGCAUAUUUGCCGGAUUCCCGACUCCAAAUGUCACGUGGCAUAAAAUAAUUUCCCGCACAAAAGAAUCAAAAUUCCUGACAAGCGGAAAUCGUCUGCAUCUGGAGAGAGCGGAUGUUGCUGAUGCUGGCGUGUAUGAAUGUAGGGCGGUGGUCAGUGGCGUCGCGGGUCACCGUGCAAGUCGUCACAUCAGUCUCCGUAUUGAAUCUUCAUUAGAAACGACAACAGCAAAUAAUAAACAACUCUCCAAGUAUGUGGCGGCUGGCGACGAGCUGACAAUUCACGAAGCGACUGCAGACGUCAGCAGCGUCGUGCAGUGCGUGGCUGGCAACAAGCAUGACUACCUCCUUGCUAACAUAAGGAUCGUUGUUCGCGAAUCCGAACCAGUUAUAACCAUCCAGCCGAAAAAUCUAGAACUCCUAAUCGGAAUGCGCUCCAAAAACGCCAUCUUCCAUUGCAAAGUAAAUGGGUCGCCAUUACCUCGCGUUCAUUGGUCGAAAUCGUCCAAUAGCCACGCCCUUCAUGACCCAAAUAAAUACAUCAAACAUCUCAACGGGUCAUUGGAAAUCACGGACGUGCAGAAAAGUGACGAAGGUUGGUACAAUUGCACUGCCUCCAACAAGAUUGCUGUUGCAACGAGUUCUGCUCUUCUCACUAUCAGAGAACGAUUAAGCGUAGCUCCGUCAGCAAGUUUAAUAUCAUUCAAGAGAGGCCAGCCUUUAACCCUAAUUUGCCCUUUCACGCCGAUAAAACGUCCCGACAACAUCUACCAGCACCAACCAGAGACGAGCCAUCCAAUCCCAAUCAUCUGGUUUAAAAAUGAUCAGAGAUUGAAUGUUAAUCACCAGGAAAGGAUUAAGAGAUUAUCAAACUUUCAGAUCGUCAUCAGCGUUGCUGAUGUGGAUGAUGUUGGCGUGUAUAGGUGCAGAACUGAUUGGGCUAAUGUUGAUGAGAACAUGCUCUCUAACGCUAUUAAUGUUGUCUUGAAAGAUAAACCAGAACCGCCCACGAUCAGCAACCUUAACUGCCUGUCUGACACUGCUACCUUUGAUUGGCUCGUCGGAUUCGAUAAUUAUGACGUCAUAAAGUUCUGCCAAAUCGUCAUAAUUAAGCUGAAAAACAACAACAACAGCAACAAUAACAGCAACAGUUAUAACAACAAUAACAACAACAACAUCAACAGCAGCAAUGAUAAUAAUAAUUAUAACAAUGGAAAUUAUGGCAAAGAUAUUAUCGAAAUUAUGACUGAGCAGUUGACUUACAUCAACAGAACGAAGCAUUAUCGUUCGUACGAGGUUGUCCGCGAAACUAUUGACAUCACGCCUUGGAACAGUUACGCCUUCAAGGUUCGCUGUAGCAACGGUAUCGGCGAGAGCAACGAUCGUAGCGGCAGCAGCAGCAGCAACAACAACGAUAAUAAUAAUAAUAAUAACAAUAAUAAUAACAAUUUUUGCAAAUCCUUACCUUCAAAACCCAGCAAAAAUCCGACUGAUGUAUGUGUAAGAAUGAAUGGACAAAAUCAACUGAUCAUCACAUGGAAGCCACUAUCUGAAGAUGACGUCAACGGCCCUAACUUCCAUUACGUCAUUUAUUAUCAACCAAUCGGAAAUGACCUUGAAACAUCAUCAUCGUCGUCGUCAUCAUCAUCAUUUCUACCAUCAUCAUCAUCAUCAUCGUUAGCGGAAUCUUUAUCAAAAAUGAAUUCGAUAAUAAUUAGGAAUCACGCACAAAGUGAGUUAGUGAUACACGGGCAGCCGACAUUUCAGAGAUACAAAAUCAUCGUUCAAGCGGCCAAUGAUGUUGGUAAGGUUGAACUAAGUAGCGACGACUUUAGAUACGGAUUCUCUGGCGAGAUAGAAAAAAUAAUGUGGAGAGCGAGUAACUUGAAGUUUCAAAUCAGUGAUACUACAUCUGAUACUGUCACAUUUAUGUGGGACCAACCUGCGCAAAAUUCUCUGAAAGCAUUUGUGAUUGGUUAUCAGUUACGAAUCAUUCAAGUUUCGAAUCCCGAUAACGUGAUAGUAAAGACAGUCGUCAUACCGAAUGAUAGGAAGAAAAAAUGCGGGUAUUUACUAGAAGAACAUCGAAAUAAUAAUAAUAAUAAUAACAACAACAACAAUAAUAAUAAUAAUAACAACAAUAAUAAGAAUUACGAUCCCGACGACGACGACGAUGAUGAUUUUAGUCUAGCAUUUGAUAGCAUUAUACCUGGAUAUGUUGAUGACAAACGAGGCGAAAUAAGCGCUACAGUUGAGAAUAUCUGGACCAACAUAGAAUUAUUAGCAGACGUAUGCGUGAUGACGACAACAAAGAAGGGACCAACAAAGAAAUCUUUAUUCUUUGUUCUUAAAGAUGAUGUGCCACAUGCCCCAAUGAUAAGGAACAUAUCAAUGCUUGAAGAUGACAGGGUUUUUGUUGGGUGGUGGCCUUCGACGGCACCACACUCGCUACUAUCGCCAUUAGCUCUACCAUCAUCAUCAUCACUAUCGUCGUCAUCAUCAUUUGGUAAUGAUAAAUAUGUAGCUAGUGAUUUUUGUGUCAGAUAUAAAUAUGUUGGAGCGGACGAUCAAGAUUCUAAUGGACGUGAUUGGUCAGAAGUUUGCCCGUGGUUAAAUGAAAAACCGUGCAGCAACAACAACAACAACACAACAACAAACGAUUUUGACGAAGUAAUAACAUACAACGAGACACAUUAUGACAACUGGCUAACUAUUGGUCAGCUACAAAAUGGACUAUACCAUUUCAAAGUUGUAGGGGUGUCCAGGUUGGAAAAUUGCUCAACUAUUGAAGCCGACUCAAAAAUUAUCCCGUUCAUCUAUGGCACUAAUGGAGGUUAA